AUGCAGUUCAUGCUUUUGGAAAAUUUAGUGGAUUCUUUUGUUUCUUCCAUUGAAACUGGACUUGUUUUGUGCAGUAUCCAUGGCCAAUGUGAGAUCAUCAUAUUCGAUGCCACUGCCCAAUUAACAUAUCAAAAUGCUCCUACGUGGCACCAUGGUCUAUGCCGGGUUUGUGAGAACAUCCCCAUUGUUCUAUGUGGCAACAAAGUUGAUGUCAAGAACAGGCAGGUGAAAGCAAAGCAGGUUACUUUCCACAGAAAGAAGAAUCUCCAAUAUUAUGAGAUUUCUACUAAGAGCAAUUACAAUUUCAAGAAGCCUUUCCUCUAUCUUGCUAGGAAGCUUGUAGGAGAUCCUAAUCUUCACUUUGUUGAAUCGCCUGCUCUUGCGCCUUCAGAAGUGCAUAUUGACAUGGUUGUACAACAACAAUAAGUAUUCCAUUCUCUUAUUUUGAAAGAGC